AUGUCGGCGCCCUUCUCGUGGUUCGAUGAUGCAAAAAGGGCCUUAAUUCGCGGAAUUCUUGAAUCGCUAAUCGAGCAAUGGCCCAGUGGACCCAGGGACUUUCAAGUAGAGGCCUGUGCGAGCGUUAUGGAGAAAAGGCCGCUCAUCGUCAUCGCUUCGACAGCUAUGGGCAAAACGGCGACUUUUUUCACGCCUCUUCUUGUUUAUCAGUACCUUGGUGCAAACCCCAGACCCAAUGUUCCAUCCUUUUGUCCUCCCAAACCGGUGGUCUUGGUUGUCACACCUCUGGUUGAGCUCGGAAAUGCACAUGCCGAGGAAAUGAAGCUAUUUGGGAUACGGGCUGUUUCUGUGAACAGUCAUACGUUGGCAGUCGCACGGGAGGAGGGGCGGGAUCUUUACAAGGAGAUCAAGCACUACGAAAUUGGGACGAUUUUGAAGGACGACACCUUUCGACACAACCUCGUACUCCUGGGUAUCGACGAAGCCCACGUCCUAGUCCCAUGGUCUCAAGAAUUCCGCGUCGCAUACCGCCAGAUGGCCCAACUACGUCAUCGACUACCAAAACAUUGCGCCCUGGCAUCAAAGCGGGUCGUCUAUGUGGCCUCGCUUGACCUACAAUGGCGGGUUGCAUCGUACGGAUGGCGCUUCUACCCUUUGCGCCGGCAACAUCGAGCUGUUCGCCUUUGGAGCAGCAUGACAUCCGCGAGUUACAACCAGACAACCCUCGACCUCUUCGCCCAAGAUCCGGAGACUUCUGUCAUCGUUGCAACGGUCGCGUUUGGCAUGGGAAUGAAUGUUCGCAACAUUCAGUUCUCUAUCAACCUCGGUGUCCCUGAGAGCCUGGAAAGUUUGGUGCAACAAAAUGGCCGGGCAGGGAGGAACCUUAUGAUGGAGGCGUUCGGACUCACAUACGUCCCCCAAUCCAUUCUCGACUCUCUCCGGAAGGACAUCGCCGAACUCAACAACGACGACGCCUCACCUCAAGCACUGUAUCAACGGGCCAUCGCCUUCAAGAGAAUCCGGGUUCCCAGUCCGAACACCACCAAGAAACCUAAGGAAGAUCCAGUCGAUCGCCUGGAUGUGUAUCUCCGGGGAUUUCUUCUCGCAUACCUUCUAGGCCUUUGCCUCGAGUGCGAGAAGAAUAUCUCUUUGGGAAACCCGCUUUAUGACCCUGCUGUCACAUGCACCGCCGCCCAACGUACACUUCCAUGUGGCUCGUGUGACAUUCAGUGGCACGUUCGCCUUCAACGCUACCUACCACCACCACCUCCACCACCACCACCACCGACUGUUUCGACCAUCCCAACAGUCGCCGUACCGAGCGUGCCCGACACUUCCACUCCCAACACUUCGGCUCCACUUCUAAUCCAGCUUGAUCAGCUAUGCGCAGCUCCAAACCCACCACCGACUUCAACAUCGCAACCGUCCGAAGGAGCAACCACGGGCCUUCCUUCCAAGCUCACCAAAUCCAUGCUCGACAACCUCAAGCUAUGGCUGGACGACUUUGCGCGCAAGCAGUGGAGCCAGAAGGACAUUCCAGAAGCGCGCUAUGCCCCGUUUCACAGGUAUUGGAAAGGAAUCCAAGUAUCAGUCAUUAGUCAACGGCUUUCGACAUUUAAUUCGUACACCAGUUUCGAGACUGCGGUUUCUGGGUGGGCAUAUCUAGAGGACGACGGUCCGCUUCUUUUUGAGCAGCUUACCAGACUGAUCUCAGUGUACGUGAAGCACAUUGAGGAUGCCCGGAUUGUGAGGAACGCAAGAGCUGCAGCUACGAGAGCACGAAACAAAGGUACGCCGAUUCGGUGA